GUAGGAGGAGGAGGAGGAUGGGGAAAGGCAGCGGUGCCUUUGAGAGGCUUCUCGACAAAGCAACCAGCCAGUUACUACUUGAAACUGAUUGGGAAUCCAUCUUGCAGAUCUGUGACCUGAUUCGACAGGGAGAUGCCCAGGCUAAAUACGCAAUUGGUGCCAUCAAGAAGAAGCUGAAUGAUAAAAAUCCCCAUGUGGUUCUUUACACUCUAGAGGUUUUGGAAUCUGUGGUGAAGAACUGUGGCCAGACUGUUCACGAUGAGGUUGCUAAUAAACAAACGAUGGAGGAGCUCAAAGAGUUGUUUAAGAAACAAGUAGAGUCGAAUGUCCGGACCAAGAUCUUGCAGCUGAUCCAGGCUUGGGCUCAGGCCUUCCGCAAUGAACCCAAGUACAAAGUGGUACAGGACACCUAUCAAAUCAUGAAGGUUGAAGGGAACGUCUUCCCAGAGUUCAAAGAGAGCGAUGCUAUGUUCCUUUCUGAAAGGGCUCCUGAUUGGGUAGAUGCUGAAGAAUGUCAUCGAUGUAGGGUGCAGUUUGGCGUGGUAACCAGGAAACAUCAUUGCAGAGCAUGUGGCCAGAUCUUCUGUGGAAAGUGUUCCUCUAAGUCCUCCACCAUCCCCAAAUUUGGGAUUGAGAAGGAAGUCCGAGUUUGUGAGCCAUGCUUUGAGCAGCUGAACAAAAAGGAAGACCUUGACACCAGUAACAUGAAAUCUGAGGUCAAGUCCACAGCUUCAGCACCAGUUGACCUUCCCCCUGAAUACCUGACUAGCCCCCUAUCCCAGCAGUCGCAAGUAAGCAGCAGUCCAGUUGAGUUUACCAUGUUUGUAGUUUCCUUUUGCACAAAUUCUUCUGCCCCAACAGCUGAAGAGCUUGAUCCUGAGUUGGCUCGAUACCUGAAUCGCAACUACUGGGAGAAGAAGCAGGAAGAGGUUAGAAAGAGCCCCACUCCUUCUGCCCCGGUCUCUGUGGUAGAGUCUGUAACUCAGCCUGUUGAAACUCAGACCACUCCUGUUGCAGUGGUGGAGCAGCAAUAUCAGAAUGGAGAGUCUGAGGAGAACCACGACCAGUUUCUAAAGGCAUUGCAGAACUCUGUUGUGACGUUUGUGAACAGGAUGAAGAGUAAUCACAUGCGUGGCCGCAGCAUCACCAAUGACACUGCUGUGCUGUCGUUGUUCCAGUCCAUCAACAAUAUGCACCCUCAGCUCCUGGAGCUGCUGAAUCAGCUGGAUGAGAAGCGUUUGUAUUAUGAAGGCCUACAGGACAAGCUGGCCCAGAUCCGGGAUGCACGCGGGGCGCUGAAUGCUUUACGUGAAGAACAUUGCGAGAAGCUACGGCGAGCUGCUGAGGAGGCUGAGCGCCAGCGGCAGAUCCAGUUAGCUCAGAAACUAGAGAUCAUGAGGCAAAAGAAGCAGGAGUAUCUGGAAAUGCAGCGACAGUUGGCCAUUCAAAGGCUGCAGGAACAGGAGAAGGAGCGGCAAAUGCGCCUGGAGCAGCAGAAGCAAACCAUUCAGAUGCGAGCGCAGAUGCCAGCUUUCCCACUGCCCUAUGCACAGCUCCAGUCCAUGCCCCCUGCAAGUGGCGUUAUGUAUCAGCCGACAGGUCCAACCAGUUUCCCUGGCACUUUCAGCCCAGCAGGCUCAGUGGAAGGAUCUCCUAUGCAUUCUGUCUACAUGAAUCAGACAGCACAGCCAGGCACUGGACCAUAUUCCUCAAUACCAGUCUCUGGAGCAGAUCCCAGUAUGGUGAAUCCUUAUAUGUACCAGGCAGCAGCCCCAACCAGCCAGACCACUCAGCAAGGCCAGGGAGUGCCCACGACAAAUGCUGGAUAUUCAAACUACCAACCAACCCCUACGCAGAACUACCAGAAUGUGGUUUCCCAGGCACCGAGCGGAACAAUUCCCCAAGCUCCGCAGUCAGGAGGAUUGGGAUACAUGGGAUCCCAGUCUGUCCCAAUGGGUUACCAGACAUAUAACAUGCAGAACAUGAUGUCUACUCUCCCAGCUCAGGAUCCUGCCAUGAGCAACUUACCUCCACAGCAGUCUUACCUUCCAGCACAGCAGCCCAUGUAUCAGCAGAUGGCACCCCCUGGAGGAGCAGCACCACAACAGCAACAGCAGCAGGCCGGCUCAGAGGCACAGCUCAUCUCGUUUGACUAACGUCUCUCUGGGGGAGGUGGGGGGUGACGGUCACCCUCACACUGGGAGGUGCACGUUGCCAGUCAAUCUUCGGAGGGAAGUGAAGAAAGAAAUUGGGAGUGUACGCUAUUACUGGCUGGAUUAACACUUCAAACACAUUACUGGCUUUCUUAAAGUUCUGAUCUUUGUGAAAAUCUCACAUGGACUUGCCUACUGACCAGAAAUCUCUAAUUCCACUCUGUGCUGCCUUGGUGCAAAUGGUUGUGUUUGAGAGACUGAAGAAGAGAACACUACUGAUAAUCAUUUAAGUUGGAUGUCCGUGGUUACACUGCCAUGUCUGGGGUUGAUGCUAACCGUGGGGAGUUUUGUGAGAGUGCAGGCAGGUGUUUCCUGGGAUUUCUUUUUUCUUUUCUCCACCCCUCACAUUUUAAAUCAAAAGUGACGCUGCACUCUUGUUUUAAUCUUGAGCCUUGGACCAUGUGAACUGUUAGAUAUGUAACAUAAACAAUGAAGGUUUUUGGAUGUUUCCAUCAUAUUUAAUUUUCUUAGCUCUUUGGAGCCUUAUUAUUGAUCAACCGAUGGGGUAACUUUCUGUGACUGGCUGUCUCUCCACCCCCUCCAUGCCCCUACGCGCGCUCGCUCGUGCACACAUGCACAAAGUCUGUCCUUCCCCUUCCUCUUGAAGAUAUUGAAAUGUAUUUCUGUGGGUCUCAUCAUCUGACCCUCACCACAAAACUCUGUCACCUCCUGCAGAUCCAGGGACUCUUUCCCAGGAGACAUCAGAUGGAGAGUCUGUCUUUACUUUCAGAUGCACAUGAAACAAUCCCACAAAAGUCCUUCAGACAAGAGCAGGGGAGUUCUCUCCAGUGUCCUGGCUGGUAUGCAUCACAACAACAGAUUAUCUGAUCAUUUGUCUCUCUGCUGUUUGUGGGAGCUCGCUGUUUGCACAUUGGCUGCUACCUUUCCUACACUAAUGCUGUGAUUAAACUUCAAGAAACCUUGUUUGGCUGUAAACUGCUUUGGUGUGUUCUGAGUCCAUGAAUGGUGCUAUAUGAACACAAGCCCUUUUCCUCCCAGGGGUGGUUUCGGUGGAAAGUAAAAUUGGACAUUGGGUGCAACACUGGUUACAUCCCCCUUCCUCUCCCCUUCUCACCCAAGUUUCAGUAAGUGAUUAAAUUCCAAUGUUGGGGGAAGUGGGUAUAUCACAAUGGUUCUCAAAUGGCAUCUACACAAUAACUUCAUUGUUGGAGAACAGAGCAUGACUUUGUAUUUCUGUCCUCUCCCACUGUCCAGUCACAGGGUGCUCACAAGUGGACUUCCCUACCUUUAUGUGCCUGAUGCCAAACUAAGCAGAAAGGGAAGUACCCGAUAACUGAAGAGUUAGCUUAUUGAUAACAAGCUUGAGAGUGCCAGGCAGAAGGAGGGACUUGUGUGUGACUGAGCAAAGGAUCUUGAACCUCCCUCCCUGGGUAGGUGUCACCUCUGACUGAAUCGUAGCUUGUGUCCAGAUGCGGGUACACCAGCCGUUCCGUGAAUCCACUGGUGCCUGGGAACUGGUCCCAGUAUUCCACUCUAGUCUUCUCUUUUUUUUUUCAAAAUGCUAUUUGCUGAGUGCUGCUGUCUGUAAACUGUUACCCAUUGUCCUGGUAAAACAAGUCACAUUCUUGUCUAGACUAGUGAGGGUUACCUGCUUCAAUUAGUUUACCACUGGGCUGCUGACUGGAAUUCACUUAGAGAGCCGGUGGGAUCGUUUAGAGGUAGCCACUGCCUGUUCAAAUCUCUAGGUUAUUUUCUCGAAUGGUAAUACGCUGAAUAAAACACAGGUGUACAAACAUUGGGAAGCCUCCUGGAGGCUCUGUCCAUGAAACUGCCUUCUACUUAUUUGCUGGUUACCCCUUUCCCUCUGAGCGAAAGGCUGAAUGCAACAAGAGAAACGUUUUAAAAUGCCGGCUUGGGCACUGUGUCUUUGAAGGAAAAGGCUGAGCGGCCAUGACAGUUGGUACAAAUUAAUUUUUAACAAGAACAAAGGUUUUGACUGCACACUUUAAACUACACCUCAGUUGUCUGAGUGUACAACAGAUCCAGAUUGAACUGUGCAGAUUAGGAGCCCAUUCCUCUGGUUUUUAAGUGACAGGUGGACAUUUGCAGUGUGGAGAUGGACUGCUUACUGAUCUUGACCAUACACCCUUGUCUGCACUGGAGUCGCAGGCACUGUGCUGUGGAAAGUUACUGUCCUCCAUGAACUGUUGGUGUGCUAGAAUGGAGCUCAAUAUAAUUAACCUUAACUGGUAACUAUCAUCCAUUUAGCAGAUUAUAUAUUGUGUAGUCACUCUCAGUUGUAUAUGUGUGUUCUUUGGAACAUAAACUAUUAAACGUCUAAUUUAAAAAGGCUCAUCCUCAUAAAUAGGGCCUGCAUGUUUAAAUUUAAUUGUCUAUUCAUUUGCAGUAUAAUAUUGUACGGGAUAAUUUGCAUUGUUGUGGUUGGUUAAAAGGGUACAGGUUUAUCCUAUCUUUAUCCUUGUGUCAGUAAGAUGCUGGACACGCAUGUUCUGUUAUACUAUAAAUGAAUGUGUCUCUAUCUUCUGUAUUUUUUCCUUAAUACAACACUGUUCUGCUUUCCCCACUAUUUCAGCUGAUUUUGAAACCAUAUAUUUAAUAAAUGUUUUUUCCCUUCA